AUGGGUAAAGUUCACGGUUCUCUAGCUCGUGCUGGUAAGGUCAGGUCUCAAACUCCAAAGGUUGAGAAGCAAGAAAAACCAAAGGUCGCAAAGGGCCGUGCUCACAAGAGAUUGUUGUACACCAGAAGAUACGUUAACGUCACUCUAACCAACGGUAAGAGAAGAAUGAACCCAGGUCCAUCUCAAAAAUAA